UGGAGACUGGGGCCGGCAGAUCACACACCAGAACCCACAGCAGCAGCGCAUUGCCGAAGUCACGAUGCAGAAAUACACUGUGUUGCUGGUCUGCCUGGUGGCAGCUGCCGCCGCGUACACCACCAAGUACGACAACAUCGACCUGGACGACAUCCUGCAGAACGACCGCCUGCUGAAGAAGUACCACGAGUGCCUCCUCUCUGACAGCGACGCCUCCUGCACUCCUGAUGGGAAGGAGCUCAAGGCUGCCGUCCCUGAUGCGCUGACCAAUGAGUGCGCCAAGUGUAACGAGAAGCAGAAGGCUGGCGCUGAGAAGGUGAUCAGGUUCCUCAUCAAGGAGAAGCCCGACCUGUGGACGCCGCUGGAGAGCAAGUACGACCCCACCGGCAGCUACAGGCAGAAGUACGGCGAGGAGCUCAAGAGGGUCUCCGCCUAAACUCCUGCAGCUACUAGUAUCGGCCACUGUGAUAUCUGCAAAUCAGUAACUCAUGUAAUCUACUUUUUCCAACGCGGUUUGUUCCUUUUAUUUAAUAAAUAAAUAAUAAAAAAUGGAAA